GGUGUAGUGAAAAAAGUGUAGUGUGUUUUUUCUCCAAACAAUUUCAAGAACUCAUUAUACUGAAACCCACAAGUUGUACCCGAAGAAGAAGGGAUGACUAAUUUCUCAUAUUUCAAGAGGAUUUUCCAUGGCCAACAUCUUUCUUCACCCAAGCUUUUGGCUCUCUGCUCUAUCAGUAGUGGAGGCCUCAUUGCAUAUGCAGAUUCUCCCUCAGAUGUGGUGGGAGAAUCGAAAACCUCGGUGAAUAAUCAAAUCGAAACUAAACGGAGAAAGAGGGUUUUAGUUCUCGGUACGGGAUGGGCCGGAACUAGUUUCUUGAAAGAUCUAGAUAUCUCUACUUACGAUGUUCAAGUCAUUUCGCCUAGAAAUUACUUUGCAUUCACCCCUUUAUUGCCUAGUGUCACUUGUGGAACUGUCGAUGCACGAAGCAUCGUAGAGCCGAUUCGAAACAUUAUUAAAAAGAGAGACGGGGAAAUUAAGUACUGGGAAGCAGAAUGCCUCAAAGUCGACCACGAAAGCAAAAAGGUGUUAUGCCGCUCAAAUAUCGAUUCGAAUUUAGUUGGUAGUAACGAGUUCUCUUUAGAGUACGAUUAUUUGGUUAUAGCCAUUGGAGCGCAAGUCAACACAUUCAAUACUCCCGGCGUAUUGGAGCAUUGUCAUUUUCUAAAGGAAGUAGAAGAUGCUCAGAGGAUUCGAAGGACUGUAAUAGAUUGUUUCGAAAAGGCUGUUAUUCCUGGUCUGACCGAUGAAGAGAGAAAGACGAAUCUCCAUUUCGUAAUAGUUGGAGGUGGGCCCACGGGCGUAGAGUUUGCUGCGGAGCUUCACGAUUUCGUUCAUGAAGAUUUGGUUAAUUUAUAUCCGUCGGUCAAAGAUCUAGUCAGCAUAUCGGUUAUUCAAUCCGGUGACCAUAUCUUGAACACGUUCGACGAAAGGAUUAGCUCGUUUGCCGAAGAGAAAUUCCAACGAGACGCGAUUCAAGUGUUGACGGGGCACCGUGUGUUGAGUGUUUCGGAGAGAAUGAUUGACAUGAAAGCAAAAUCGACGGGGCAGAAUGUUUCUAUACCUCACGGUAUGGUAGUGUGGUCGACCGGAGUUGGCACUAGGCCAGUUGUCAAAGACUUUAUGGAACAAAUUGGCCAGGGUUACAGACGAAUUCUGGCAACCGACGAGUGGCUGCGAGUGAAGGGGUGUGAUGACGUGUACGCGCUCGGUGAUUGUGCCACUGUAGAUCAAAGAAAAAUCAUGGAAGAUAUAUCGACCAUAUUUGAAGCUGCGGAUAAGGACAAUUCGGGUACGUUAACUGUCGAAGAAUUCAAAGAAGUGAUUGAAGAUAUCAUCAUACGAUACCCUCAAGUGGAACUAUAUUUGAAGAACAGGCAUCUAUUUGACGUAACCGAUUUACUAAAAGACGUAAACGGAAAGGAUAGAGAAGAAGUUGACAUCGAAGGGUUUAAGUUAGCAUUAUCAAAUGUCGAUAAACAGAUGAAGAGCCUCCCCGCUACUGCUCAGGUUGCUGCUCAACAAGGUGCAUACCUUGCUAAGUGCUUUAAUAAACGGGAGAAGUGUAAAAUCGAGCCGGAGGGCCCGCGCAAGUUUGGAAGUGAUGGUCGUCAUGAUUUUCGCCCUUUUCAGUACAGACAUCUAGGGCAAUUUGCACCACUGGGAGGGGAGCAAACAGCUGCGGAACUGCCGGGCGAUUGGGUUUCCAUGGGUCGAAGUACGCAAUGGCUUUGGUAUUCCAUUUAUGCAAGUAAGCAAGUGAGCUGGCGAACGAGAUUUCUAGUCGUUGGUGACUGGUCAAGGAGAUUCAUGUUCGGGAGAGAUUCGAGUCGUAUAUGAAAUAAAAGGCUGUGAUUUUAUUAUUGCUUAUUAGUGUCUCUCUCUCUCUUUCUUGUACAUGAAGAUUUAAUGUGUAUAAGUAAAAUUGUAAAUGGCCUUGCUGGCAAAAUUAUGGGCUAUUCCAAACUUUCUUGUUUCAUGUUCAAAUUUUCUAUGGAGCUUUAAGAAUUGUGUUUGAGUUUCGUCUUCAUUAGCAAUCGAAACAAGUUCGAUUAGUUUGAAUUUUUAUAG